AUGCCCUUCGGCAACACUCACAACAAGUUCAAGCUGAACUACAAGCCUGAGGAGGAAUACCCCGACCUCAGCAAGCACAACAACCACAUGGCCAAGGUGCUGACCCCUGACCUCUACAAGAAGCUUCGAGAUAAGGAGACCCCUUCCGGCUUCACUCUGGACGAUGUCAUCCAGACUGGGGUGGACAAUCCAGGUCACCCUUUCAUCAUGACGGUGGGCUGUGUGGCCGGUGAUGAGGAGUCCUACACAGUCUUCAAGGACCUGUUUGACCCCAUCAUCCAGGACCGCCAUGGUGGCUACAAACCCACAGACAAGCAUAAGACUGACCUCAAUCAUGAGAACCUCAAGGGCGGAGACGACCUGGACCCCAACUACGUGCUGAGCAGCCGCGUGCGCACUGGCCGCAGCAUCAAGGGCUACACGCUGCCUCCACACUGCUCCCGCGGAGAGCGCCGAGCCGUGGAAAAGCUGUCUGUGGAAGCUCUCAACAGCCUGACGGGCGAGUUCAAGGGCAAGUACUACCCUCUGAAGGGCAUGACGGAGCAGGAACAGCAGCAGCUCAUUGAUGAUCACUUCCUGUUUGACAAGCCUGUGUCCCCUCUGCUGCUGGCCUCAGGCAUGGCCCGGGACUGGCCUGACGCCCGUGGCAUCUGGCACAACGACAACAAAAGCUUCCUGGUGUGGGUGAACGAGGAGGACCACCUCCGCGUGAUCUCCAUGGAGAAGGGAGGCAACAUGAAGGAGGUUUUCCGCCGCUUCUGCGUGGGCCUGCAGAAGAUUGAAGAGAUCUUCAAGAAGGCUGGUCACCCCUUCAUGUGGAAUGAGCACCUGGGCUACGUGCUCACCUGCCCCUCCAACCUGGGCACCGGGCUGCGCGGAGGCGUGCACGUGAAGUUGGCGAACCUGAGCAAGCACGCCAAGUUUGAGGAGAUCCUCACCCGCCUGCGUCUGCAAAAGCGCGGCACAGGUGGCGUGGACACGGCUGCCGUGGGAGCCGUGUUUGACAUCUCCAACGCCGAUCGGUUGGGCUCAUCCGAGGUUGAACAGGUGCAGCUGGUGGUGGAUGGCGUAAAACUUAUGGUGGAGAUGGAGAAGAAGCUGGAAAAGGGCCAGUCCAUCGACGACAUGAUUCCUGCACAGAAGUAG